CCUUGCAUUAUUAUCUUCAUUCACACAACAUGUCAAGAGCAAGAGAGCAGGACCUACUCUCCACUGAAAUUGUCAACCGAGGCGUGGAGGGUUCCGGUCCCUAUGCCGGUUCGUUGAAUUUUUCCGUAAGGGUCCGGCGCAGGUUGCCGGACUUUCUCAACUCGGUUAACUUGAAAUAUGUAAAGCUAGGAUAUGCUUACCUCCUUAGUCAUAUCUUUUAUUUUCUAAGUGCACCUGUUUUCAUAUUAGUAUUCAGUGCUGCCCUAGGAAAAUUCACUUGGGAAGAUUUAUAUCUCAAAUGUGACCCCAUUGAUGCACUUUUCUUGAUUGGAAUGAUUUCUCUAAUUGUAUACAUUUAUCUUGAUUUAACUCCUACUUCUACUUAUUUAGUCGAUUUCGCCUGUUUUCGUCCCCCGAGUGAGCUCAAGAUUUCUAAGGAAGAAUUCAUCCAUUUGGCGAAGAAAUCCGGGCAAUUCGAUGAAGCUGCAAUUGAAUUCCAACACCGAGCCCUGAAGAAUUCUGGAAUUGGAGACGAGACUUACAUGCCUAGAAAUGUUUUCCAGCCUAGUUAUAAAACUAACCUCAAGGACGGGCGAGAAGAGGCGGCAAUGGUGAUGUUUGGAGCAGUCGAUGACCUUCUCGCUGCUACUAAAAUAAAGACGAAAGAUAUUAGGAUUCUUGUUGUGAAUUGUGGGAUCCUGAAUACAACACCAUCACUGUCAGCAAUGAUUAUAAAUCAUUAUAAGCUGAGACAUAACAUAAAUAGCUUUAAUCUCGGGGGGAUGGGAUGCGCUGCCGGUAUUAUAGCCAUCGAUUUAGCGAGAGAUCUUUUGAGUGCGUAUCCUGGAUCAUAUGCCCUAGUAAUUAGCACAGAAGCAGUGAGCUAUACAUGGUAUACCGGCAAUGAUCAAGACAUGCUUCUUCCAAAUUCCUUAUUCAGAAUGGGGGCUGCAGCUAUCCUCCUGUCUAGUCGUCGCCUUGAUCGAUGGCGAUCCAAGUACCAACUUAAACAGCUAGUUCGAACCCACAAGGGAAUGGAUAACAGAAGCUUCAGAAGCAUACAUCUAAAGGAAGAUAAAGAAGGAAGACAAGGUCUAUCAGUUAGCAAAGAGGUUAUUGAGGUAGCAGGCCAUGCUCUAAAGACCAACAUCACCACUUUAGGUCCUCUAGUUCUCCCUGUAUCAGAACAAUUCCACUUCUUCACCAAUUUGCUCUUCAAGAAAAAGACCAAACCUUACAUUCCUGACUAUAAGCUUGCUUUUGAGCAUGUCUGCAUUUACGCAGCUAGCAAAAAAGGCCUCGAUGAAUUGCAGAACAAUUUGGAUCUCACUGAUGACUACAUGGAGGCUUCCAGAACCACACUCGAGCGAUUCGGGAAUACCUCCAGUAGCAGCAUAUGGUAUGAACUGGCUUACUUGGAGGCAAAUGGAAAGAUAAAGGGUGGGGAUAGAAUUUGGCAAAUUGCCUUUGGUUCUGGCUUCAAGUGCAAUAGUGUUGUUUGGAAAGCUCUUAGGAGCAUAGGCAAACCGGACCGAAGCCCUUGGAUCCAGGGUUCUACUUCUAACUAGAAAGUGUAAUAAGCAUUGAAAUUAUACAUUGGAUUAGGUAUACAGAGUAAAUAUAUACAUAUUAGUAUGUCAACAAGUACUGUAUUUACUAUAUUAUUAUAUUGUGGAAUGUUCAACCAUCACCGUUUCAGAA